GUCUACGGGGAGGGGGGAGAGAAGACAGUGACUGCCCGCUGGGGAGAGCUCUGCUUCUAGAGAUCUGCAUGGACGGCAAGAAGGCAUUGGGUGUCCACCACACCGACAUGGAUGACAAGAUGGCUGACAUAGAUGAUGUCUUGGUGCCCGAACUACACAAACUGCUGGAGCAGGACUCGUAUCUCGUACCAUACAAGAAGGAUUUCCAGAGAAGGUACGCUUUGCUUCAAGAACGUUUAAAAAACAUUGAAGGUUGUGAAGGUGGCUUAGAAAAGUUUUCCAGAAGUUACCAGUCUUUUGGGAUCCACAGCAAGCCCGAUGGGGGAAUCUAUUGCAAAGAGUGGGUGCCGGGAGCAGAGGCCGUUUUCCUUACUGGUGAUUUCAAUGGCUGGAACCCCUUUUCACAUCCAUAUAGAAGGUUGGAUUUUGGGAAGUGGGAAUUACACAUUCCACCAAAUGAAGAUAAAUCCCCAGUCAUACAUCAUGGAUCAAAGAUAAAGGUAGUAAUCAAAAGCAAAUCAGGAGAGGUUAUUUACCGCAUCUCACCGUGGGCAAAAUAUGUGAUUCAGGAAGAAAAAAGUGUGGUCUAUGACUGGGUGCAUUGGGAACCAGCACAUCCUUACAAACAACAACAUGAGCAUCCACGAAGACCAAAAAGUGUACGCAUAUAUGAAGCGCAUGUUGGAAUUGCAUCUCCAGAAGGAAAAAUUGCAUCCUAUAAAAAUUUCACCUAUAAUGUUUUGCCCAAAAUAAAGGAUCUGGAUAACCUUGGUCGAUCCUCCAGGAUGGGUCUUCUGUCUGUCCACAUGCAAUUUAUCCCAAGGCCUAAACAUGCCUGUUUAAAUUGGCUGAAUACAAACCAGGUGCAUAAGAACAAAGGAAGGAUCCUUGCUGUGUGUGUGCAAGCACUGGGCUCCCUGCACAGUCGCUAUGGGGCACCAGAUGAUUUGAAAGAACUUGUUGAUGUAGCUCAUUCUAUGGGAAUUAUGGUUCUGCUUGAUGUAGUUCAUAGCCAUGCAUCAAAGAACAGUGAAGAUGGACUCAACCAGUUUGAUGGUACAAAUUCCUGCUUCUUCCAUGAUGGACCAAGAGGCACCCAUGAUCUCUGGGACAGCAGGCUAUUUGACUACUCCAACUGGGAAGUUAUGCGAUUCCUUCUGUCUAACCUGCGGUGGUGGAUUGAAGAAUAUGGUUUUGAUGGUUUCAGAUUUGAUGGUGUUACCUCUAUGCUUUACCACCACCAUGGGAUUGGAUGUGGAUUCUCAGGUGACUACAAUGAGUAUUUUGGUUUGCAAGUGGAUGAAGACUCGCUUGUGUACCUCAUGCUGGCAAAUCACAUGGUUCAUACCCUCUACCCAGAAUGCAUCACAAUAGCUGAGGAUGUAUCUGGGAUGCCAGCACUUUGCAGCCCUACGUUCCAGGGAGGCUGCGGGUUUGACUAUCGACUAGCAAUGGCAGUACCUGAUAAAUGGAUCCAGAUUCUGAAAGAGAGGAAGGAUGAGGAUUGGAAUAUGGGAGAUAUUGUACAUACACUCACUAACAGGAGAUACAGCGAAAAGUGCAUAGCCUAUGCUGAAAGCCAUGACCAAGCACUGGUUGGUGAUAAGACCCUGGCGUUUUGGCUGAUGGAUGCUGAAAUGUACACCAAUAUGAGUGUCGCGUCUCCUUUAACAGCUGUGAUCGAUCGUGGAAUUCAGCUCCAUAAGAUGAUCCGUCUGAUCACACAUGCUCUCGGAGGUGAAGGAUAUCUUAAUUUCAUUGGCAAUGAAUUUGGGCAUCCUGAAUGGCUGGAUUUCCCAAGAAAAGGAAAUAACGAGAGUUACCAUUACGCCAGGAGACAGUUUCAUUUGGCUGAUGAUCAAGUUUUACGCUACAGGUUUCUUUAUGCUUUUGACCGAGAUAUGAAUAACUUAGAAGAAAAGUGUGGUUGGUUGUCUGCUUCUCCGGCCUUCAUCAGUACAAAGCAUGAAGGUGAUAAGAUCAUUGCAUUUGAACGGGGAAAUCUCCUUUUCGUCUUUAAUUUCCAUCCUUACAAAAGCUUCACUGGAUACAGAUUGGCUGUAAAUGCACCUGGAAAAUAUCCUUACAUAAUCUGGUUUAAAUAUAUGAUUGCACUGGAUACUGAUGCUUCAGAGUAUGGAGGUCAUCAAAGAAUUAAUCACAAGACAGAGUUCUUUUCUGAAAAUAUCCCUUACAACAAUCGUUCAAAUUCACUUUUGGUCUACAUUCCAUGCAGAGUGGCUCUUGUUCUUCAAAGCGUGGAGAAUUACUGAGCAGCACAGUAGCAUGUUUAUCUAAACAAUGUAAGCGUAAGGUGUUUAGAAGUAGAAACAUUCACACAAUGCCGAGUGUCAUAGAAUGUGCUUGGGGUUAUUCACAGAACUCUAAUGGAUAGAAAUUGCAGGCUGAAUUAUCCUACACUACAAGAGAUGGCAAACAUUUCAAGAGGAGAGUGUUUUUUGAAAAUAUUUUACAAAACAGAACGCAGAAGUGUUAUUUUGUGCUGUUUGCUUGCAAAAUGUAAACUUAAAGGCUCUAUGGGGAUCAAUUGCAGGUUAUACA